AAAUAUCAGACAGGUUUGCUUGCAUUGCUUCUGGCUCUUUUUCCUUCUUUGCCUUAAUAAUUAACAACCGCUGCUGCAAUGGAAGCUAAAGAUGCUGACGAAGAACAAGUACUAAAAGAUCAUCGUAGUAUGUUUGCAUUACCAGUAGAUGCUGAUCAAAAGGCCACAGAGUUGAGGUUAUUUUCAAUAGCGCCACCCCACAUGCUGGCCUUCCACCUUGCAUGGCUCUCCCUCUUCUCCAACUUCUUCUCCACCUUCUCCAUCCCUCCCCUCCUCGCCGUCAUCCGCGACGACCUCAACCUCACCGACACAGACACCGGUCACGCAGGCACCGCUGCUUUCCUCGGCUCCAUCUUCUCCCGCAUUGCCAUGGGCCCUAUAUGCGACCUCCUCGGUCCCCGUAUCGCCAUCGCCACCCUCUCCCUCCUCACCGCCCCCGUCAUCCUCUCCACAUCCCUCGUCUCCUCCCCUAACUCCUUCAUCGCCAUCCGCUUCAUCGCCGGCUUCUCCCUCGCCAACUUCGUCGCCAACCAGUUCUGGAUGAGCUGCAUGUUCUCGGGAUGCGUAGUCGGCCUUGCCAACGGCUUCUCCUCCGGCUGGGCCAACAUGGGCUCUGGCGUCACCCAGCUUGUCAUGCCACUCAUUUAUUCUCUCAUCAUGUCAUUCAACGUGCAGUCCUUCGCAGCUUGGAGGCUGGCAUUUAUCGUGCCAGCAGUUUUUCAAGUUGUGACGGCCAUAUUGGUCCUAAUGUUUGGCCAGGACCUACCUUCCGGGAGCUACAAACGCUCUCAGAAGGUCGAAAAUAAGUUCAAAGAGAGCUUAUUAAGUGUUAUUUCUAAAGGGGUCAAGAAUUAUAGAGCAUGGAUUUUGGCGUUGACUUAUGCCUUCAGUUUUGGAGUGGAGUUGACGACUGAUAAUAUCAUAGCUCAAUAUUUCUACGACAGAUUCAACGUGAAUCUUGAGGUGGCGGGGAUCAUAGCGGCCAGCUUCGGAAUGACGAAUUUCUUUUCAAGGCCGAGUGGCGGGUUAGUUUCCGAUAAGCUGGCGCAGAGGUUCGGGAUGAGGGGGAGGUUGUGGGGGUUGUGGGUGGCGCAGACGGUGGCGGGCUGCUUGUGUUUGUUACUCGGGCGAGUCAACUCGCUCUGGGGAUCCAUACUUGUCAUGUGUGCGUUUUCUAUCUUUGUACAAGCUGCUGCUGGCCUCACGUUUGGCGUGGUGCCGUUUGUGUCCAAAAGGUCACUGGGAGUGGUAUCGGGGAUCACCGGCGGCGGAGGAACAAUGGGGGCGGUGGUCACCCAGCUGCUGUUGUUUUCAGGCACGGAAUUCUCCAAGCAGACGAGCAUUUCUCUGAUGGGUGUGAUGAUGAUAGUGUGCACUCUCCCAGUCUCCCUCAUCUACUUCCCUCAGUGGGGUGGAAUGUUCUGCGGCCCUUCCUAUAGCUAUGGCGAUCAUCUAAGCGGACCAGAAACUGAAACAAACCAUUAUCACUUGCUCGAAUAGAAUUCUCGAAUUGAUACGAGCCUCGAGUUCCAUGGAGAAAGCAAAAGUUUGUAUUCAAGAAGCCCUGUAACAUAAAUUAGCCUUUCUGCAGAAUAUGACUGGCCUUCAUUUAUGGGUAGAUUGUUGUUCUAAAAGUACUGAAUAAGACUACAAUUUGGCAGCUA